CAGCUGACCCCUCCCCUUGCUGACAGGUGUUUCACAGCACCAUGGCAACAGCUAAACACACUGCUGCAGAAGACUUCUCUGGAGAGAGACACCUGCUGUCAAGGCAACCCAGGAACACAGUACAGACAGAACAGUGUAAAGAGCAGCACAAUGUAAAGAGCAGAACAAGGUAAAGAACAGCAGUACAGACAGAACAGAAUGAAGAGCAGAACAAGGUAAAGAACAGCAGUACAUACAGAACAGAGUAAAGAGCAGAACAAGGUCAAGAACAGCAGUACCGACAGAACAGAGUGAAGAGCAGAACAAGGUAAAGAACAGCAGUACAGACAGAACAGAGUGAAGAGCAGAACACGGUAAAGAACAGCAGUACAGACAGAACAGAACCACACCCCCCACCCCUCGGACGUCUGCCGCUGUUGGAGCCAGAGAGCGCUACGGCAGAGACGGUGAUAACAGCAGUCCUUGCUGUCUGUGUCCAGGGCAGCACUGAGACGACGUUGCCAUGGAAACCUGGAGGCAAAGGCCAAUCAACACUGUCCUCACAUGCAGUGCCGCCAACAGGUUUGACAGGGAGAGGCAGAACUGUGAUGUGUGCAGAAAGAAGUCAGGGAGCCCCAAACUGCCUCAGAAGCCGAAAGCUGGUGGUGGUACAGAGACUGGUUUCAGCUCUCUGCAGGUGUACCAGUCCCUUAGUGAGGUGGUGGCAGAAGCCUUGGAAGAUGACCUGACACACUACAUUACCCAGAACAAGGAAGGACAACCAGGGAAGACUUCAGAGAGGAACAGAGCCAUUCAGAUCACUGUGGAACACAUCAUUCUGGAGACUACUAUGGAGUUAGCUACAGAGGUGGCACACGCACUCUUCAACAUCAGGAGCAUGUGCAGAGCCUUAGCCUUCGACCUCAUCCUCAGCUCAGUGCAGCAGGUUGCUGGGGGGUCACCAGGAGAGGAUGAUUCAGCCCUGACUCACAUGAUUCUGCAGCAACUACAGACCCACAGAGAUCUGAACUACAGACCCACAGAGAACUGAACUACAGACCCACAGAGAUCUGAACUACAGACCCACAGAGAUCUGAACUACAGACCCACGUAGAUCUGAACUACAGACCCACAGAGAUCUGAACUACAGACCCACGUAGAUCUGAACUACAGACCUACAGAUAUCUGAACUACAGACCCACUGAGAUCUGAACUACAGACCCAUAGAGAUCUGAACUACAGACCCAUUGAGAUCUGAACUACAGACCCAUUGAGAUCUGAACUACAGACCCACAGAGAUCUGAACUACAGACCCAUUGAGAUCUGAACUACAGACCCACAGAGAUCUGAACUACAGACCCACAGAGAUCUGAACUACAGACCCACUGAGAUCUGAACUACAGACCCACUGAGACCUGAACUACAGACCCACAGAGAUCUCAACUACAGACCCACAGAGAUCUGAACUACAGACCCACUGAGAUCUGAACUACAGACCCACAGAGAUCUGAACUACAGACCCAUUGAGAUCUGAACUACAGACCCACUGAGAUCUGAACUACAGACCCACAGAGAUCUGAACUACAGACCCACUGAGAUCUGAACUACAGACCCACUGAGAUCUGAACUACAGACCCACAGAGAUCUGAACUACAGACCCACAGAUACCUGAACUACAGACCCACAGAGAUCUGAACUACAGACCCACAGAGAUCUGAACUACAGACCCACGUAGAUCUGAACUACAGACCCACGUAGAUCUGAACUACAGACCCACAGAGAUCUGAACUACAGACCCACUGAGAUCUGAACUACAGACCCACAGAGAUCUUAACUACUGACGCACAGAGAUCUGAACUACAGACCCACAGAGAUCUGAACUACAGACCCACUGAGAUCUGAACUACAGACCCACAGAGAUCUGAACUACAGACCCACAGAUAGUUGAGAGCAAUGAGAAAAAUAAUAUUUACUGCUUACAAUGACAUGCCCCUCACCCCUGCCUGUUUGCAUUGUGUAAUCAUGUGACCUGGGACACCCCACAUCACCCCCCCCCCUCCCCCGUUCCUGAACUCAGCAUGCUAAUCUCCUGCAGAUGUGUGGAAGGGGGAUGGGGGGAGCAUGGUUGGGAAAACCUAUGGGGAGUACAUCAGAACCAGGAAAUAUAAUUUUUUUGCUCAACAGACAUGCUCAGUUGUGUCCUUGGUCACAUGCCUACAUCACGUGUACAACGAGGAUCGCGCAGACAUAGGCGAAAAUAAAUAAUAAAUAAAAAAUGAAUAUGUGUGGAAAAAAGAUUUACCUCUAGUGAUAAGUAAUUUUUCUUCCUAAUGCACAGAGUUAACAUCAGUAUUUGAGUGGAAGCAUUUUAUUUUUGUUGUCAUAAAUGAAUGGAGCCCAAUGGGGAAACUGGCUUUUUGAGCGAAAUCAUAGAUAUCUGCAGGGGGGUGACAUUACAUCCGUUGCUGAGGUUGAGAACCGAAAGUUGGCCCUUUCAGAGGGACCCAUGCAGGUCAUGUGCGUAAAAUUCCGUGCCACUUCUACCGUCAGUGGCACAAAAGCACCACUUCAAAUGAGCAAUUUGCAAAUAAUUAUUACAGAUGUACCCUUACAUCCAAUACACACCAAAGUUGGUUUGGAUGGUAUUUGGAUAAGGUUUGCAGUCCAUGACAAAGUAGCCCCAAUGCACUAAAGCUCACUCUCGUUGCUUGGCCCCCAACAUCGCUGCUUGCAGCUAUAUUUAUUUAUUUUAUUGUAAUAACACGCAUAACUGAACAUUACAUUAACAAAGAGCUAGAUCACAAAAAUACUUCAUUAUACAUGAAAUAAAAUCAAACAUGGACAAUAACAUAAGGCACUUUACAGAUUCUUUUUUAUUGAAAUUAAUAACAGAAAAAUAACAGAAAAAAAUCUGCACUCUCUGCUCAGCCUGCUCUGCUCAGCCUGGCCUCAGUCUAACACCACACCUCCUGCAGUUGUGGGCUGAACCAGGAAGUCACUCCCACUCUCUCUGUCACGCAGUUUCAGAGAAACGAAACUUAACUCUGUCAGUGUGAGCAGUAAAAUGGCUGAAGCCAGUAUCUCAGUGGAUCAGGACCAGUUCAGCUGCCCGAUCUGUCUGGAUUUACUGAAGGAUCCAGUGGCUAUUCCCUGCGGACACAGUUACUGUAUGGGCUGUAUUAAGGGCUGCUGGGAUCAGGAUGAUCAUACUGGUGUCUACAGCUGUCCCCAGUGCAGACAGACCUUCACUCCAAGGCCUGUUUUGAGAAAAAACACCAUGCUGGCUGAAGUGGUGGAGAAACUGAAGAAGACAGGACUCCAAGCUGCUCCUCCUGCUCACUGUUACGCUGGACCGAGAGACGUGGCGUGUGAUGUCUGCACUGGGAGAAAGCGCAAAGCUGUGAAGUCCUGUCUGGUGUGUCUGGCCUCUUACUGUGAAAGUCACCUCCAGCCUCACUAUGAAUCUCCUGCCUUUAAGAAGCACAAACUGGUCAAAGCCACUGGAAACCUGCAGGAGAAGAUCUGCUCUCAUCAUGACAAAAUUCUGGAGGUUUACUGUCGUACCGAUCAGCAGUGUAUCUGUUAUCUGUGUACGAUGGAUGAACACAGAGGCCAUGAUACAGUCUCAGCUGCAGCAGAAAUGACUGAGAAACAGAAGCAGCUGGGGGUGACACAGAGUAAAUUCCAGCAGAGAAUCCAGGAGAGAGAGAAGGAGCUGCUGGAUCUGAGACAGGAUGUGCAGUCACUCAAGUGCUCUGCACAGGCAGCAGUGGAGGACAGUGAGAGGAUCUUUACUGAGCUGAUCCACUCCAUUGAGAGAAGGCGCUCUGAGGUGAAAGAGCUGAUCAGAGAUCAGGAGAAGGCUGAAGUGAGUCGGGCUGACGUACUCCUGGAGCAACUGGAGCAGGAGAUUGCUGAGCUGAGGAGGAGAGACGCUGAGCUGGAGCAGCUUUCACACACAGAGGAUCACAUCCACUUCCUCCAGAGCUGUCAGUCUCUCUGUGCCCCUUCUGGACCUGGAGACUUACCCAGCAUCACUGUCAGUCCACUCGUCUCUUUUGAGGCUCUGAGGAAAUCUGUCUCUGAACUGAAAGAGCGACUGGAGGACGUCUGCCUGGUGGAAUUAGUGAAGAUUUCUAUAAAAGUGGAAGAAGUCCAUAAUGAGCCCAGGACCAGAGAGGACUUCUUACAAUAUUCCUGUCAGCUCUCACUGGACCCCAACACAGCAAAUCAAUACAUCUGUCUGUCUGAGGGGAACAGAAAGGUAACCAGUGUGGAAGAGAUCCAGCUAUAUCCUGAUCAUCCAGAGAGAUUUGAGUGCUGGGCCCAAGUGCUGUGCAGAGAGGGUCUGUCUGGACGCUGUUACUGGGAGGCUGAGUGGAGUGGGGAUGGGGUUUAUAUAGCAGUGUCAUAUAAAGAGAUCAGCAGGAAAGGAGCGGGUAUUGACUGUGUUCUGGGAUGGAAUAACAAGUCCUGGAGUCUGCGCCGUAAAGCCUCCGGUUAUUUUUUCAGGCACAAUGCUAAGUGCACUGAAAUCCCUGGUCCCCCCUCCUCCAGAAUAGGAGUGUACCUGGAUCACGGGGCAGGAACUCUGUCCUUUUACAGUGUCUGUGACACAAUGACUCUCCUGCACAGAGUCCAGACCACAUUCACUCAGCCCCUCUAUCCUGGGUUUUGGGUUUAUUCUGUUGGAUCCUCUGUAAAACUGUGUGAUUUGGGAUGAGGCAGAGAGUGAAGGGAAGAUCAGUUGUAAUUAAAGAGAGGGAAAAACACUCAAAUGCGACAGAAAAUGAGUUCAAUUAAAUUAAAUAUUGAACUUUAAAAGAUUAACUGGUUGAAAUAAAAAUGGAAUCCAGACCACAUUCACUCAGCCCCUCUAUCCUGGGUUUGGCGUUCGUACUAUUGGAUCCUCUGUAAAACUGUGUGAUUUGGGAUGAGGCAGAGAGUGAAGGGAAGAUCAGUUGUAAUUAAAGAGGGAAAAACACUCAAAUUACAU